CAGUUUUGAGGAAGAGAGCCAGAAGCAACCCUCUGUGGGACACUGGAAGCCACUAAUGCCAUCCAAAGGCAACAAGGAGGAGCCAGAGACUGGCUGCCAGGAUGCUGGAGGUGUGGAUGAGACCCAAUCCACGGAGCAGCUCAACGUGUCACGACUGCGAAGCUCCUCCGUGGAGAUCCGGGAGAAGGGGUCUGAAUUCCUGAAAGAUGAGCUGCACAAGGCACAGAAGGAGCUGAAGCUGAAGGACAAAGAAUGUGAGAGAUUGUCAAAAGUCAGAGAACAGCUGGAGCAGGAACUGGAGGAGUUAACAGCCAGCCUGUUUGAGGAAGCCCACAAGAUGGUGAGAGAAGCCAACACCAAACAGGCUGCAGCGGAGAAACAGCUGAGGGAGGCACGAGGCAAGAUUGACAUGCUGCAGGCAGAGGUGACAGCCCUGAAGACCCUGGUGAUCACAUCCACACCUUCCUCUCCCAACAGGGAGCUGCACCCUCAGCUCCAGAGCCCUUCCAAAACUGUCUUCAGGAAGGGUCAUGGACGAAACAAGAGCACCAGCAGUGCAAUGGUCUCAGCUGCCAGCCACAAUGUGCCUCCAGAGCCAGUCAGUCGGGAGUGCAGAGAGGUCGACUCCAUUUUAUUUGCUGAGUUCCAGGCCUGGAAAGAAUGUCCAACUUUGGAUAAGUCAUGCUCCUUCCUAGACAGAAUAUAUCGAGAAGAUGUAGGACCUUGCCUGGACUUCACUAAGCAGGAGCUGUCAGAGCUGGUGCGAGUGGCUGUGGAGCAGAACACCCUCACCAUUGAGCCAGUUGCUUCCCAGACACUACCUGUGGUGAAGGUGGCAGCAGAAGAGUGUGGUGGGCCAAAGAAAUGUGCCCUGAGUGGCCUCCCCAGGACCUGCAAGCACCGGAUCAUGCUAGGGGAUUCUGGGAACUACUACUACAUUUCACCUUCCUGCAGGGCCAGGAUCACAGCAGUGUGCAACUUCUUCACGUACAUCCGCUAUAUCCAGCAAGGCCUGGUGAGGCAGGAUGUGGAGCUGAUGUACUGGGAGGUCAUGCGGCUCCGGAGGGAGAUGUCUCUGGCCAAGCUCGGAUUUUACCCCUGUGAGAUGUAAGCAGAGGUCUGAGCAUGGAAGGAAACUGGUCCUGUAUGAAGAGCUGUGAGUGCAGUGCCUCUCCUCAAUGGGCCUCACUCCCUUCACACCCUCCCUCUGCCUGAAGCUGACCAAGGAGCACAACUUCCACCUUCAGCUGUCCCACAUCUCCAGCUGUGACUGGAAUGCAGCUGCCACGG